UUAUCAAAAUUAAGAGCAACAUGGACAUCGAAAAAUUAGUAAAACAGCGCAGUGGCAUUAAAGCUAAACUUACCAACUUUGAGAAGUAUAUUACUAUGCUUUCUUCGUCAAAACUUAUGUCCGAACUUCAACGGAUUGAUUUAGAAGGUCGCCUGAGCAAGUUUGAGGCUUUGUACGACAUUUUUGAUGCAUUACAGAUGGAAAUCGAGUUAGCGUCGGCAAACCCUGAAGUCGAGUACGUGGAACGAAAUCAGAUCGAAGAACGGUACCACUCAUUGAUCGCCAAUGCGCGCAGCCAGCUCCGGACCAGCGCGAGCGACUUGGAGCUUAAGGGAUCGGAGGCGGGCACUACAAUGGACUCCAAAUCAGGUGCAUCGUUUAAAAAUGGCUUUGUUCGCUUACCAAAAAUUGAUUUACCGCACUUUGACGGGGGCUACCAGCACUGGCUAGAGUUUAGAGAUACCUUCAUAUCAUUGAUACAUAACAGCAAUUGUAUCGAUGGAAUAAAUAAGUUUCAUUACCUUCGGGCAUCUCUUAAGGGACGGGCGGCGGAAGUAAUUAAGAAUAUUGUUUUUAAGAAUGAAAAUUAUGUGAUUGCUUGGGACUUACUGUGUGAUCGUUACAAUAACAAUCGCCUUUUAAUUAAUAAUCAUGUGCAGGCUCUAUUCGAUUUACAAUCUAUAACUAAGGAAUCAUCAGCUUCUUUGCGACGUCUGAUCGAUGUCAUAAAUAAAAAUCUACGUGCACUUAAGACUUUAAAGGAGCCGACAGAGUAUUGGGAUACUCUUAUAGUAUUUAUGAUGUCUAGAAAGUUGGAUGUAAAUACAAACCGAAAAUGGGAAGAGUACCGCAAUACAUUGUCUGAAUCUCCUACAUUAACAAAACUAAUUUCAUUUAUUAAUGGGAGGGCUGAUCUCUUAGAAACAUUAGAGGUAAAUCAAAAUAAAUCUAGCACUAGUGUCAACAAUAAACAAAAAUCUUUUAUUAUUGCAAGUACCAAAGAGAAUCAGAAUACCCACAUAGAAAUUAUGAACAACAAGUUAGAAAACAGCAAGGCACAUAUUAAUAAUUUACAAAACAAAUUAAAAUGUCCAUUAUGUUCUAACGAUCAUCUCUUAUAUACAUGUGAUUUAUUUAAAAGCUUACCUACUGAAACACGAAUACAAAAGGCUAAGGAACUACGUGUUUGUCUAAAUUGUUUGCGCUCGAGUCACAUCACUAAGAAAUGUCGAUUAGCUGGUUGUAAAUAUUGCAAAUCCAGGCAUAAUACUCUGUUACAUGUUGAACCGACUGAGCAGCCUCAUCAAGACCCAAUGCCUUCAGCGUCAAAUAGUAUCGCCUUGCCAAUCGAUACUACAAACAGUAUCGUCUUAUCAUCUGAUACUACACACCUUACUAGUACAACCAAUGUAUUGCUGUCCACAGCUAUAGUAAAAGCGGUGAGCAACAACGGCGAGAAAGUCAACGCUCGAAUCCUGCUCGACAACGGCAGCACCGCCAACUUUAUGACAGAGAGCCUCUGCACCAAGCUGGGUUUGUUACGGCGUAAGACUACCUCCACUGUCACAGGUAUCAACCAGCAAUCUUCCUACAGUACACAGUCUUGCAAUCUAAACAUUGAAUCUUAUAAUGGUGACUAUAGGAUUAAUUUGGACUGCCUAAUUUUGCCUGAGAUUACUAAGCGUUUGCCAGCCUCUCAUGUCGAUACGAAGAACAUUCCUAUGCCGUCAAGCCUUCGAUUAGCUGACCCUACAUUUAAUGUUCCUGCCGUCAUUGACAUUUUAGUAGGCGCAGAAAUCUUUUGGAGUGUUAUAGGCACAGCUUCGAUAGAUUUAGGCAAGCGCAUGCCUAAGCUAUAUGAAACCAAAUUUGGUUGGAUAGUGUCUGGUCCAGUUUGUCGGCUUCGUUCGUCUUUAAAAAAUGGCUCACAUUUGUGUAAUUUUACCCACUUAACCGAACAACCUGAUUUAACAAGGUUUUGGGAGCUGGACUCCAUCUCUUCUAAGCACGCUCUGUCUCAAGAGGAACGGGAGUGUGAAUUAAGUUUCAAAGAAAAAACUAUUCGUAAUGACAGUGGCAAAUUUAUUGUUACUAUGCCUUUGAAAAGUGAUCCAAGCGUAUUAGGCGACUCGUACAAUAGGGCAAAACACCGUUUUCUGUCGUUAGAACGACGCUUUCAACGGGAACCAGAAUUCAAGACCAGAUAUAUCGAAUUUAUGAAUGAGUACGAAAGCCUUGGUCAUAUGAGUGAAGUUAAUAACUCAAGGCCGCAUUCAAACGACUGCAUCGAAUACUUCAUCCCUCAUCAUGGAGUAAUUCGUGAAUCCAGCACGACAACGAAGCUGAGAGCUGUAUUUGACGCAUCUGCCACUACGUCUUCUAAAGUAUCACUUAACGAUAUUCUAAUGGUAGGGCCUAAGGUACAGGAUGAUUUAUUUUCAAUAUUGUUAAGAUUUCGGCAACAUAAAUAUGUUGUUACGGGCGAUAUCGAAAAAAUGUAUCGUUGUGUCGAACUGACUCAUUCACAACGAUCAUUACUGCAAAUUAUUUUUAGAAAAGAUCCCAAAGAACCAUUAAAAACGUACAGAUUAAAUACGGUCACAUAUGGAACAUCAUCUGCACCUUAUCUAGCAACGAAGUGUCUGGUGAGUCUUGCGGAUGAGGCUACCACAAACAACGUGAGGUCUGCAAUUGCACGGGAUUUUUAUGUAGACGAUUAUUUAGGAGGGGGGUCGACUAUAUCAGAAACUAUAGAUCUAGUGAAAGAAAUUAAUUCAAUUCUCUCAUCUGCUCAUUUUUUUCUGCGUAAGUGGCGAUCUAAUAGUCCAGAAAUUCUCGAAGAAAUAGCUGGGAACUCAGGCAAAUCUGGUUCAUUAGACUUGUCCAGUAACUCCCAGUCAUCGAAUAAAACUCUGGGUCUGCACUGGUUUUCUAACACUGACACAUUAUCCUUCUCAAUUAAUAUUUCCGCAAAGGAAAAAAUUACAAAGCGACACAUUCUUUCUGUGAUUAGUCAGGUGUUCGACCCGCUAGGACUGGUUGGCCCUUGUAUUGUUGAAGCGAAGUUAAUAAUGCAGCGACUAUGGGUUGAACAGUCCGAAUGGGACGAUGAAGUCUCGUCUGAGAUAGCCGAAAUGUGGUCUACCUUUGUUCGCACACUUCCUAUUCUAAACAGCUUAAAUAUUCCACGAUGGGUCUGCUGCAACCUAGCGGUAGAACAUGAAUUGCAUAUUUUCUGCGACGCGUCAGAAAAAGCGUAUGGCGCAUGCGUAUAUGUUAGAUCAGUAUGUAGUGAUGGAUCAGUAAAUGUACAACUUUUGGUGUCCAAAAAUCGUAUAGCACCUAUAAAAACCGUUACUAUUCCGCGCCUUGAGCUUUGUGCUGCGCUACUGGGUGCAAGACUGUGUACUACUGUAAUGGAAUCCUUGACUAUGCCCAUAGAUAAGCGAUUCUUUUGGAGCGACUCGAUGAUUGUGUUGGGGUGGCUCAACAUAUUACCAAAUCAACUAAAACCUUUUGUACGUAAUCGAGUCGCCGAAAUUCAGGAAAGCACUGCUGGUGAUAGGUGGAGGUAUGUACCAUCGCUGGACAAUCCGGCUGACCUUGUUUCUCGCGGGGCGAGGGCCGAUUCCAUCGGUGCAUGCUCGUUAUGGCAGACGGGCCCUAGUUUCUUACACAGCUGCGAAAGUAGCUGGCCUAUUAUACCCUGUAAUAGCGUGAACCAAAAUCUUCCUGAAGUAGUGUGUAAUUUUACUGAUAAAAGUGACAUUCUUAUUGAUUUUAAUCAAUCAUCUAACAAUUCAAUAAUUCAGUCAUUAAUUCAAAAUAAUUCUAAUUUCAAUCGUCUUCAAAGAAUCAUUGCCUACAUCUAUAGAUUCAUUCAUAAUUUAAAAAAAUCUAAUCGUAAACUGCAAGGUUCGCUUUCCACUGAUGAAUUAGAUAAAGCUUUAACAUGUUUACUACUUAGUGCGCAAGCAGAGAUGUUUCCAAUAGAGUGCAAUAUUUUGAAGUCCGGAAAAACACUGCCUCAUAAAAAUCGUCUAAUUUCAUUGACACCAUUUGUAGAUACAAAGGGAAUUAUACGCGUAGGAGGCAGGCUUGAUAAUUCGCCAUACGAUUAUAAUACAAAGUAUCCGAUCUUACUUUGUAGUAAACAUCAUCUUACUAGAAUACUAUUCCAAAUGCAACAUAAAAGGUUGCUCCACGCUGGUCCACAAUUGUUAUUGGCAAAUAUGCGACUUAAGUAUUGGCCUUUAGGCGGCAGAAAUCUUGCAAAAACUGUUGUCAGAAAAUGUUUAAAAUGUUUUAGGUAUAAGUGUCAAAACAUACAACCAAUGAUGGGUCAACUUCCAUGCACCAGAACCAAUAUUGAAUUUCCAUUUUUUAACUCUAGUGUUGACUAUGCUGGUCCAGUGCUGAUAGCUGACCGGAAAGGUCGCGGUUGUAAGCUUACAAAGUCCUAUUUAUGCAUCUUCGUUUGUCAUGCAACAAAGGCGGUCCAUUUGGAGCUCGUCACCGACCUUACGAAAGAAGGCUUUAUUGCAGCUCUGAAUCGUUUCACGUCUCGCCGUGGUAAACCUCAAAGCAUACUAUCAGAUAACGGCACGAACUUUGUUGGGGGCUGAUAAUGACUUAAAACGAAUCAUCACUGACUCUGGGGUUGCAUCGGAAAUGGCAGAGCAGGGCAUUAAAUUUGUUUUUGCUCCUCCUUAUUCCCCCCACUUUAACGGCAUGGCUGAAGCUGCCGUUAAGUCCACCAAAAACCAUUUAAGAAAGUUACUAAGUGUCACUCACUUUACUUACGAAGAACUGGCAACCUGUUUGUGUCAAAUAGAGGCUGUUCUCAAUUCCCGUCCUCUAACUCCCUUGUCCUGUGACCCAUCUGAUUUAUCUGUCCUCACUCCUUCCCAUUUCUUAAUUGGACGAACACUCACGUCUAUACCGUGUUCACAGGUUCCUG